GGGAGGGGCAGUGGCAGCGGCUGGAGCCAGGACAGGAGGUGAGUGGAGCCCCAAGGCUGAGUUCGCAACGAAAAUGAGCACACAGAGCAGCUGCCCCUGGCAGGGGGCAGGCGCCUCAGUCUCCCCACUGCGCCCGGACCUGGGCUUCCUCUGCUCCAGGCUCCAUGUACUUGCACUGCUGCAGCAGGUGCUGGGGCGGCUGGUGUGGGCCCUGAUUGCCCAACGGUACCACCUGUACCUGGCCUAUGGCUGGGUCAUGUUCAUUGCUGUCUUCCUCUGGCUGGUGACAAUUGUCUUCUACAUCCUCUGCCUGUUUCAGCUGCAUGUGAGGUUGUAUAUGGUGCCCCGGCCGCUGGUGUUAAAGAUAUUUAAUGUGGGCACCACCAUUCUUGACAUUACGGCCUUCAACACCUGCUCUGCUGUCCUUGAGCUGAGGUUCCUGAAGGGCACCCUGCUGAAUAACCAUUGUACAGUUCCCUCUUUCUUCGCACGUUUAGUGAUGAUUGCCCAUGGAGUGAGUGCUUUCUUCAGCUUCCAGGCCUGGCAGGGCAUGGGCAGAAAUGCAGCCACCAGUCACCUGGCUGGUGGCUACACCCAGACCCUGCCAUAG